AAUGAACCAAGUUCCUAGAUACUGCCAGUGACAACCUAAGAGUAACACCAAGAUGGCUUGGACAAGAGAGAAAGGAAAGACAAAGAUGAUCAAGGCAACUGAGACAGGGUCGUUGACAGCAAGGCAUAUAUGCAAGAUGUUCAGAUCUUCAAGAUCCAGGACAUUACAGACAGUACUCGUCUUCCAUGUUCUGUCACUACUGCUCAGUACAUGUUUAGGGUAUCCACAAUUUAGUGAGCAGAACUCUGUAUUUUCAUUGCAGACGAUAGCAGUAGAUGCACAAAGAGACACUGUUUUCAUAGGCUCAGUGAACAGAGUGUACAAACUGAACAGCAACCUGAGUUUAGAACAAGAAACUGUGACUGGGCCUGUCCAAGACAGCCCAGAGUGUUGGCCAAGAUCCGUAGGCUGUCUCAGUGCAGUACCAACGGACAAUUACAACAAAGUCUUAUUAGUGGAUGAUGACCGUCUAAUAGUAUGUGGGACUGUGUAUCAAGGCGUCUGUGACGUAUUGACCGUGGACACAUUGAGUGUGUUGUCAAACUCUUCCCUGACAGAGGUAUCGGUGAACACAGACUAUGGUACUACUGUGGCAUUUAUUGGUAACGGUCCUGAUGACGUGAAGACAUUGUACGUCGGAUCCUCGUCGUCAGAGUGGGCGAGGGGCAAUGUGUGGACAAUGUCCAGUAGGCAGUUACCCUCUGACUUAUCAAGUCCAACUCUUUUCCAAGUUUACAAUGGUGGAGGACCUCAGGAGAAUCCCUCUUUGAUCCGAAUACCAGCUGGAACCAUCAAUGACUCUCCAAUCAUUCAGAAGUUCAACAUCACCUACAUCUCGGGGUUUGAAGCAAAUGGCUUCAGUUACUUCAUUGCUAUCCAGCCAAAGAUCCCCGAAACUCCAAGCCCCUACUUCACCAAACUAGCACGAGUUUGUCAGCAAGAUGAUCACUUCUACUCCUACAUCGAACUUCCUCUGCAUUGCUAUGUUUAUGGGGAUGAUGAGAGAACCCUGUACAACUUAGCGCAAUCUGCAUACGUAGGCACCGUUGGGUCUGAUCUGGGUUCGGAUGACCUGCAACCAGGUUCUGAAGUUCUCUAUGUUGUGUUCGCUCAGUCAGACGGGAUGAACAGCAAGAUUCCUUCAGAUAAGUCUGCUGUCUGUAUAUACCCUCUCUCUGCGUUAGAUCUUGCAUUCUGGGAGAGGAGGCUGGGAUGUGCUCGGAAAGAAACGGACAGAACGGAUAUUGACUGGUUAGGGUCUGUGAAUUGUGGAACAUCAAAUAGUAUGAUCUCGACAAUAAACUCUACUGGACCAAGCUAUUGCCACAUGAACGAGAACAAUUCACCACUUGGUGGGGAUUCCUUCAUUGGUGCAAGGGCUGUCUACACCCACUCGUCUGUCUUGACAUCCAUUGCAGCAACGGUCCAUCGGGAUCAGACCGUCAUCUUCCUUGGUGACCAGGAAGGGCAGCUGAAGAAGCUCUGGUUGGUCGAUUCAUCUACUGCCAGUCUCUAUGAGGAAUUGACUAUUGAUCCCGAUGGUGCUAUGGUACAGAACGGAAUGGUCCUGACACCAGACGAAAACCAUGUUUACGUCAUGACAGAGACAAAGGUAUGAAAAACAAAGAUUCAAUGGCCCGUACUCUGACUGAAGUCAGGUUUAACUUUGACCACGGUCUAACUCUGUGCUAAAAUUAUGGAAAGCCAUAAGUGUCAAAUUUUUUUAUUAAGUUGUAUGUUUCUUAUGUUUACUGUGCUCUUUCCUGAUUCAUCGAUGGUGAAGACAAUCAUCUAUCUAUACUUCCUAGACAAAUAUGAAUGAUUUGAGAGCCAAAUGAGCUGAAAUAUGAUCUCUACUGUUAGUGAUUUAUGUAACGAUUGGCUAUCCAUACUUAAACCACAACUUUAAACCUGAGUUUAAGUUAAACCUGACUUCAGAAUAUGGGCCAUGAUUUUUAAUUUUCAUCAAUUCAAAACAGCAAAAAAGAAUAACACAGACCUGUGCAGCGAAAUUUGUUUGAAGUAAAGUCAACAGACUUUGUGAAGGUGUGCCAGAGGACAAAACUUUAUGUAGGUCUUUCUUUUUUUUACAUAUUGAAUUAUCCAUUCGGUUGCUACCUGUGGAGUAUGGGAACAAAAUCUCUGUUAUGUUAUAGAGCCCAUAUUGAUUUGUAUGUGCAGAUACAAUCAAAAUGCAAUUGAAUGAUCAGUAUCAAUUUUGAAUCGAUGUUUGCAAAUAUAUAGUUCUGUAAUAAUAAAGCCAAGAUAGUAAUUAAAGAUUUGUACGAGAUUUCUCAUUUUCAGAAAUGAGAUGUUCCUCAUUCAUUUGAGCUCCUUGCAACAGCUUUGUGAGGAAUUUAACUGAAUUAUCCUUCGAUCCAUCUACCGAUAUGUAAAAGAAAUGUUUUCCUAUGAAUCAGUCAUGCUAGGAUAUGUACCCUUGAUCAGACCCCAAACCUGACUCAGCUCCAGACAUUUCCCCCAUCUCUUGAAACGAUUGAAGAAACGCAUCCUUCAAGUUGUUAAGUGUUGAAUUAUUCAGAGUGAGGUUCGAGGAGACCGAACAACAUCGAGAGAGCAAACCCCAAGAUAGAUCGGCGGCUCAAGGCACGAUUUGAAAUGACUAAUGUUUAAUGAGCAAGCUACAGAUAGAGCUCUUUAAAACUCAUUUGUACAGAUACAUCAAAGGGAAUUAGUGUGCAUUGCUCAUAGCGGAGCACGGCUUGGAAUGAGCCACUUGUGGGCUUCGAUGCAGACUUUACAUAGCUACUUGAUCUGAGCUCCCAAGAUGAACAUUCAUUUCCAAUUCUAGGCACGGUUAACUCGGGUUACAUGCUAUCAAUUAUGGAUGUUACGCACAUACAUCUAAUGGAUUUCAGGGGGCCAUUCAAAUUAAUCACCACUCUAAUCAAUCGCUAUUCGUAAUUUGGUAGCAAUGUGAGAAUACUUACAUGUUGAUUGAUUUCUAUCGGCAUUGAUUGAAAAACGUAACAUAAAAUCAUUCAAGCUUAAGCUCAAUUUUCAUGGUAAUGGACCAUAAUUGCCAUUAAUUUGUUUAUUCAUAGCAGGUAGAAUAGUUGUGCCAUUCCAGCAGAUCGUUAAUGAGUAUAAAAUAAUCGUAAUUGACAUUUCAAAAAUGAAAUAGGACACAUAUUUACACUAAACGGCACAAAUUGUUUUCAAACUUCCGAUAAUUACAUGUAUUUAUAGCUCCAAUCUUUGUUUUCAUUUUCAUCUCCAAAAUGUCAUUUUAGGGAAAUUGCGAUGGUCUGGUGAAUUGCUCGGGUGUUAAUUGAUGGCAAUCAUAGCGUGACUUUCAAUAUGUGACAUAUCAUUCUCCAUCCAGACAAAUAGUAAUUCACAAGAGUGCCCUGUAAACAAUCUAUCUCACAAAGUGGUAUUAAAGCUCACUCCUAAGAUUGGGAUUCCAAUGUGAGAUUGAUGCCUAUGGAAAAUUAGUUUGAAAUGUUUUCAUAGACCCCUGUCUCACCUAGCGGAGCGGCUCCCGAAUGUCGAGGUAAAACCAAACUCGAUGUUGCCUCAGCAGUGGGGUAAUGGGGUUAACUGGGAGAUGUUGAGGAGUAAGUGUUGUAUUGUGACCAAGGUCGCGAUCUUUGUUACUUUUUGACUUUUCGUGUUGAAAUUAAUCAGAGCUGGUUUGCACUUGUUGUUAUAGUGAGUAAUUGUCAGUAGUUUGAAUGUGCAUCUUUUAAAGAUUACAUACAUUUGACACAUUGCUGCUGUCUGCUUGAAAUGAUUGAAAUGGAAGGCAUAUUUUGGAGGGAAUAAAGGGCGUGAGAUAGGAAAGAAGAUAGAGACACAAGAGUAAAUAAUUUCCAGCUCUUGAUCAAACAUGGCAAUGUGAAGAGAUGAAAUACCUGCGAGAAUAUGUUCUGUCAAAUUACCAAGACCAUCCAUUUUUUGAUUUUGCAGGAAAUUCUUCUACUUUACUCCCAGUAUAAUGCAUCAAAUAUGUUAAUAAACUGUUUUGAGUCUGCGAGAGCUAAUGGACAGACUUGAUGACCCCUCUAAACAGCACUAUUUACAAAAAUAUCUUUCAAACUCUCAUCAAGCCAAACUUAAAUUGAAUCUUCCUUGUACUUCGUUUGUCAUGUCUAUCCAUCAUAACUGGAAUAAAAACUCACUAGUUUCUCAUUAGUUGGUCUGUGCAAUGUACAAGGAGAUGAAUGACUAUCCUGCAAUUAUUCUUCUGCUUAUUUUUAUUUGGAUUUUAUGACAGAAGAUUACAUUAUUUUUGCCUUGUUUAUUGUAUUUUGUGUAAUUGUACAUCAUUGCUUCAUAGUUAGUAAACAAUUUCUGGAGGGUUUUCUGUGUAGUUUUACCGCGAAAAGGAAUCUGUAAAUUGGCUAUAGGAAUGUUGAAAUGUCAGACAUGGCUAUGGGGCACAUGACUGAUGACCUCUGGACGGUAGGAACAAGCUUUUAAAAGCAGGGAAUAAUUUACAUUCAACAUGGAAAUGACUUGGUGGGAGUCGGAGCUGUAAAAUAUAGCCUGGGAGAUGGCAAGCAUGAGGUGUCAUUUUGUGAUUACGCGCUAUAUUUCCCCUAAUUCUUUAAAAGGGUGGAUAAUUAAAGUGGAUUCUAUAAAUAUCAAGGGAGAUUAAUGAAAAUGUCAAACUUAUAUUUUAUCUUUAUCAGGAUUUGAGAGAUUUUUUUUUAUUUUGGGUUUUCUUUAUCUUAGGAGUACUGUUGUAUGUUGCCACUGUGUUAUAAGAUUACAUGUAUACACAAAAUAAAUUAAAAACAAAAAUGCUGAGAAAUGUUUUCAACUAUUUGAGAUUGAUUAUAAGAUAUAAUAAAGUUUACCAGUACACCAUUCCUCCCUAUUUUUUUUUUUUGGGGGGGGGUGAUUGGAACACCGAUGAAAUAAGCAUCAAUCAUUGAAUAUAUACUGCAAAAGAUAGGCCGAGACUCAAAUGGGUGGCUUCUAAGAAUUUUGCUAUCAUGACCCUUCAUCACUGACCAGUGAUCUUUCACAGGGAAGUACAUUUGGUAUAGAAAUUAGAUUGUUUGAUAUGAAAACUAGUUUCGCAUCCCUCGUCCGAAAGGAACUUGAAUUGGUUAAUUCAUUUCUCAGCUCCUAGUGGGUGAUGGAUUCCUUCUCAGCUUUUGAUUAAUGAAAUUAUGCUACUGGCCAUUGGAAAAGCCAGGCUCGUUAGUAAAUGUCCACCGGAUAUGAUUACCAAACCAGCAUUGAAAUUAAAACAUCUUUCGCACUCAAUGCGGCAACUUCUUUCUGCUAUAAUUAAAUAAUCUUGAUGACUUUUACAUCCAAAUAGACCCCGAAUAUCAAAAUAAAUAUGCACAUGCCAGAAGUUAUGCCAGUCAAGUUCAUUUAAGCGGAUGGACGUAGUCAGUGGAAGAACAGUAUCACCAAGAAGCGAAUGUGGUAUUCACAUUAACAAGUGGAGAAGUUUUAUUUAUAAAUGUAUCUGUGGAGCUGUUAUAAUCAUUGGGUCAGUCUGCUGAAAUUUCAACAAACGACACAUCUCAUCGAUGGUGAAAGGUGAAGAGAAUGUGUUCCGGGUAUUUACCGUUUUCCCAGUCUCGGCAUGUUCCGUGAGGAUCGUGAAGUCAUUCGUCAAAGUCCCUCAUUCCUGACCUGAAUCAAUAAAGAUCUAAGAAAGGUGUGUCAAUCCGCUCAGCAUGUAGGUGCUCUCUGUCUCUCUCUCUUUCUCUACUCGCUUACUUUCGUCAAUUUUAGUUAUUCCCCUAUUGGCUUGAAAUUGUGUAAUUCCAUCAGUGGCAAGAUGCUGAGAAGGAAUUUUGUUUGAUUUCUUGGUUUUAUAAUGGAAUGUAUACUCGACAUUUUUUAUAGAAAAUAACAUUCCUUC